UUGAUAUGAUGACUGGCAGACCCUGCAUAGAUUUUUUAGAUGAUUUUUCCCAAUGGAAGGAGUCUUAUAGUCUUAUACAUAUCCUUACAGCAGUACAGGAGUUGCUUGCCAACCCUGAUUUAAACAAACCAGUUAAUCCCGAGGCAGCAGAGAUGAUCAUGAGAUCUCCACAUGCGUACAGACAGAUGGUGCUAGAUUGUGUUGUUGCCAGUCAGAGAGUGGAGGGAUCAUACAGGGGCAUGGACCCUGCCAAAUACAUUGGACAAGUCAAUAAUUCUGGACUGGAGUCAAGAGUCAGAUUCAAAAUUCCAGAAGAUGAAAUGAAGAAGCCAACAUCCAGUGUACACACUCGGCCAAAGGUGGCUAAACUUUCUUUUGAAGAUUAUCAUAUAACUUGGAGUGGUAUAGCCACGUCAAAGGCGAGGCCAGAUCUAAAAAAUCCUUUAUUGGAGGUAAUUAAAGAUAACCCAGCUUUACAAAAAGCACAUCUUGGGUUACCACAGGAAGAAAUAGAGGAGCAGAUGAAACGUCAGCUAGAGGAACAUGAGACUUUAAUGUAUGGGAGAUUUUUAACAAAACCAUCAGAAGAAGAAGAAAAGGCUGUGAAGCUUGCAAGGCUUAACAAAAUGAAGAAAAUAUAUCUACCUCCCAGAAUAUCUCCUACAAGUUUACAUACAAUAGAGACAAUGCCACCACCUCCGUCAGGGAAAGGUAAAGAAGAGCCCUGGGAGAAAGAAGUGGAUGAUUUGGUUGCAUGGACAAAUAAGCUGGAUGCCACUGCUCUUGAAACAUAGAUAAAAAAGAUAUCAUGAAUAUUAAAUGGACCAAAAUUUAACUAGAUCAUUCAGGAUUAUGCUUUCUUUAAAAAGAAG